AUGACGACGAUCGCUGAUCUUCCAAAGGAAUUGGUAGAGAAUAUACUCUCGAUGGUUCCGAUAACUUCUCUAGGAGCGGUGAGAUCCACAUGCAAACGAUGGAACGCUCUAUCCAAAGAGAAGAUUCUAUGUAAAGCAGAACAGAAGCAUCAGUUUCUAGGGUUCAUGAUGAAGAAGUACAAGCUUUGUUCAGUGAGGUUCGAUAUCGAAGGCGAAGAAUUCGCGGAUCCAUGUAUAAAGGAGUUGGAUUGUAAUGGGGUUCUACGUGAUCAAGAAGUAGAAGAAGCUCUUGAGGUAUCUAAUGUGUUUCAAUGCGACGGGUUGGUGUUAUGCGCCACAAGGGACCACAGUAAGCUCGUGGUUUGGAACCCUUACUUGGGUCAAACCAGGUGGAUCCAACCCAGAAACAGCAGUACUCCUUACCACAGAUUAGACAGGUAUGCUAUUGGAUGCGACAAUAACCGUAAACACAAAAUCUUGAGGUCAUCGUAUGAUUUUGAAAGGGGUGGUUCCUUUGGGUACGAAAUCUAUGAUUUGAGCUCUAAUUCAUGGAGGGUUAUCACCACUCCCGAUUGGCACAUAGAUUAUUUUCAGCGCGGUGCGUCUUUGAAGGGUAACACUUACUUUCUUGCCACCCAAGCAAUAUUGAAGCCAAGUGAGAGCUUUGGACAGACGUUUCCUCUGCCGCUUGACUACUAUUCUGACGUGGAUACUGGAGCUCUCUCUUCUCUUGUUGGAGACCAGAAACUCGCCUUCUUAUUUCAGGGCCAAAAUGGUACAGUGGUGGAGAUUUGGGUCACAACUUCUAUGAUUCCCAAUGCUGCUUCUGUGUCGUGGAUCCCUUUCUUAAAAAUUGAUAUGGAACCACACUAUGGUUUUCUUUUUUAUGUUUGCCCUGCGGGUGGCAGUUUCUUCAUUGACGAGGAGAAGAAACUCGCCGUGGUUAUUGAUUAUGACGAGUCUGAGUUGACCCGUCACGAGGACUCUGCCUACGUCAUUGGAGAUAAUGGCUCUUAUGUUCCAAGUUUGGCACAGAUCAACUAAAUUAUGCAUGAUUUACAAAGGAAAUUAAGAGAAGAAGAGAAAGCGAACCAACAACAAGCACAAAUAACAAAGAAGAAGACCAACUCUGUUGAUUAAUUAAUAGCUUAUUUUAUAAUUAAUGAUAAUGAUAACCUAUUUUCUUUCUUGCAUCUCUUUUUCAUUCGUUUCUGUGAUGUUUUUUUUUGUUUUGCAAUGUCGUCUGGACA